UGUGAAACGCAUAAUCAAUCUAAACAUUUUCGAUACUAAGAAAUGGACCCGGUUCGCUUUCGCAUGUAGUAUGUAGCACAUCCUUCCUCCUUAACAAGAUAAUGCGAAUUAAACUCGAGUAAAUUGACGAUAAGCGCACAAAAUGAUAACGGUCGCUUAAAAAAGCCUGGAAAAAGUCGUCAAGAGCAACUUGAAUCAACAAUAUCCGUAAAAAAACCUAUUAUCGAACAUAUUGAUAACGAUAAUACCGCUUCGAAAGAUUACGACUUGGUGUUAGUUUUAAUUGAAACGGAAAGAAGUCGGUUUCAGUUGACAUAAUCGGCUAAACAAUGCAAAGUGAUGUAACGAGUGAAGCUUCCGUGACGCCGAAUAAUAAUGAAUCAAUUUUGAGCACCGAAAACGCCGUCAAAGUGGUAAAAAAGCUCUCUCUCUUCGUCUUUGUCUACUGUGUGGGUUAUUUUGGUCUGUCUACGUUAUGGGCUUGCGGUAUAUUAAUCAUACUCGUGUGGGACUCUCAGCGGCGUAAAGACAAAAAACAGAGACUGGAUGUAGCAAGAGCCGUAGCUCUCGGACACGAAAAAGACAUAAUUUUGAACGCCGUAGCACAACUGCCGCAAUGGGUUAAAUUUAGCGAAAUCGAACGAGUCGAGUGGCUGAACCGAAUGUUCAAGCAGAUAUGGCAACAGGUCAACGAGUACACUCAAGAUUUGGUACCCAAAAUCCUAGAACCGAGUAUACAAGGGUACGUUUCGGAUUUUAAAUUCACUAAAGUGGUAUUAGGAAACGUGCCUCUGAGAGUCGACGGUGUCAAAGUCUAUGACCCAAAAGAUACACGGAAGGUAGUACUGGAUUUAGAUAUUUCAUACGACGGCGAUUGUUACGUUACUUUCCAGACCUUUAGGUUCGCGGGAGGAAUCAAAGACAUAAAGCUUCAUGGGCGACUACGUGUGGUUCUAACCCCUCUCAUCCCUCGAAUCCCUCUAAUCGGUGGUUUGCAAGCCUACUUCAUGAAUCCUCCACACGUAGAUUUUGAUUUAAUUAAAGUCACACAGAUUUUGGACAUUCCAGGUAUACGCAACCGCAUUAAAAAUACCACAAUGAAGAUAAUAAACUCCAUGUUUUUGUACCCUAAUGCUUACUCUAUAAAUUUGAGUAAAGGGGUGAACGUGUCAAAACUUGCCGUUUUCCGUACGGAGGGAAUUUUGCGAGUCCAUGUAGUCGAAGGCAAGAAUUUAGAAAACAAAGAUCUCAUCGGGAAGUCUGACCCUUACGCCGUCCUUAAAGUGGGUUCCAUUAAGGUAGAAACCCCGGUUAUCGACAACUGUUUGAACCCAAAGUGGGACUUCUGGUGCGAGUUCGAGAUAGUACCCAACUCUGAGCUCAAAGUGGAGGUGUGGGACCGCGACGAUGGUACCAAGGACGAUUUCCUGGGCUUUGCUAAAGUGGACAUCUCCCAGGUUGUCAAAGUCGGACAAGCCGAUAUGCCCAUUUGUCUGCAAGGUGCGGCCCGUGGAAGCAUCCACCUCCGACUCACCUGGUUAUCAUUAAGCUCCGACUACUCAGACUUGAGUGUUACAAUCAAAGAAAUCGAAUUACUGAGUCCCCACCUCCACACCGCCUUUUUGAUGAUUUAUCUAGAUUCAUCCCUGAACCUACCUUUCGUGGGCAAAACGGAACCCAGUCCCUACGUGGUACUAGAAGUCGAACAACAAACCAAACAAACCGACCCAGAUCAAGAUACUUGCGAACCCAUCUGGGACAAAGGGUUCACCUUCUUGCUCCGCGACCCCAAGCGAGCCGUCCUUCACUUCCACAUCCACGACGAAAAGAGCAGGGACGUGGUAGGGGAGGUGUUCUUCAAAGUCGACAAUUUGCAAAACGAACCCAACAUGGAGUUACGAAGGCAUACGUUCUUUUGUAACAAACCUCAUUCGGACGCGUCGAUUUGUUGUUCGAUGAAACUUAGAAUUUUAAAAAACGAGUACCUGGAGGAGAAGACUGAAGAAGAGAGCACUAAACGACAGAAGAUGGUGGUCAAACAAGCCUCUACUGCCUCGAAUAAGUCGACAGUUAGUCAAAGCACGGUGAUGUCGUCUGACAGCGAACAUGCUUUCUCCGACAACGAAGUCAACAUGUUUUUAGAAGACGAAACCGUCUCCAGCAUAGGCCAAAUCAAGCUCUCCCUCUCCUACAGCCAACAACGACAACGCCUGGUCAUCCAAGUACACGAAGUACACAUUAUUCAAAAACACCACCACACCAUCGACCCCUAUGUUCGCCUCACCCUCCAGACGGACAAAUUCAAGAACAACAAAAAGAAAACAAAAACGAUAAAGGACUCCACGACUCCACUGUUUAACGAACAGUUCGACUACUUAGUCUCCAAUCGAGACAUCAACUUCACCACCAUCACCCUGGAGGUAAAAACCGAACGUGGUAUUUUCGAAAUCGGAAGAAGAUUCCUAGGCCAAACUGUGAUUUCGUUGUCGAAAUGCGACACUUUGAGUGAACCCUUCACCGACUGGUUCAAUCUCAAGACGAAGAAAGACACCCAUGUUUAUCAUUUGGUUAAAUAAAAGGGCGUUUACUGA